GUCAAGGGAAUAGGAAUGAUCAAUUGGAUUCUCCACAGGGUAUUUAUGUAGAUGGAAGUGGUAGUAUUUACAUCGCAGACACGAAUAAUCAUCGUAUACAAAAGUGGUCUCGUGGCAGUUCGACUGGCAGUGGUAGUCGUGGUAGCUAUUACAAUUAG